GUGGAGUCUGAGAUGUUACACACCUAUAGUAAGGUUGAUCCCCUGGAUACACUGAUGCUUUGUGUUCGGCUUGCCGUGUUGGUUGCAGUCACUCUCACAGUUCCGGUGGUUCUCUUCCCGAUACGAAGAGCAAUCCAGCAGCUGAUUUUCCCAGGGAAAGAUUUUAGGUGGUGGCGCCACAUUGUAAUCGCUAUAUGUUUAUUGGUGGCAGUCAAUAUUCUUGUCAUCUUUGUUCCCAGCAUCAGGGAUAUUUUUGGAGUUAUUGGAGCAACCUCGGCCCCCAGCCUGAUCUUUAUCCUUCCAAGCAUCUUUUAUAUCCGCAUAGUUCCCAAUGAAAAGGAACCUCUCUUUUCACGUUCAAAGAUUCAGGCUGCCCUGUUUGCCUCUCUAGGCUUCAUCUUCAUGAUCACGAGUCUGACUUUUAUAAUUGUGGACUGGGUGACUACCGGGAAGAGCAGUGCUGGUGGUCACUAACCUCCCCUACGUCCCCUCUCUCUUGAACAAGGACAUUGGGACAAUUCUCUUGGGUUCAUCUUGUUUGCUAAAGAUCAGAAUAAUGGAUCUGAUACUGAGAAUAGCUGGGAGAGGGGGAUAUCCAAUCAAAACAGAACAAAAGAUAAUCAACCCCACAAGUACUCCCUGCCCUCAGCUGCUGCAAAAUACUCUGGAGUAUCACACACUAUGAAAACUCCUGGUUCCUCUGUGUCCGUCAGAGUUGGGAGCCUACCACAGUGCCAUAUCUGUGCAGGGAAUAUGGUGUGCCCUGCCUAAAUCAGUGUAUCUACCUCGCUGCCCACCCAUAGUAGCAGGGUAUAUCCGUGCAUCACACUGUUAGGUAACUACAGUCGGAGAGGACAGAACACUGUAUAGUGAUGCUAAGCACAUAUCUUGAUCUACCUUAAUCAUUUUUAGAAACACAGAAUAUAAUAUUGAUCCGAAACAAUGACCUUCGACAGGUAUGCUCUGUUGGUUGAGUGUGGUGCCUUAUUACACACAGUAGGAGAUAUGGGCAGUGCUAAUUAUUCAAGGGCUCUGUUAUAUGAGCACAUACUGGACUGUUACAAGUUUAUAGCUAUGCUUAGAGGUCUAUAGAGCAGCUGCCUUCUGCACUAAUCAUUAUUUGUCCUCCGUCCUAAUCACUGUGAUUCCUUCAGGAAAUAUUUGUCUAUAUUCUCUACUUUAUUGGAAUCGCUGCAUUGCCCCUUCUCUGUUAACACACUCCUGGCCGUGUCUGCCUUGAGUCCCGCAUGACCCAACAUCCGCAAGUCCAGAACACGCGGACUCCUCAUGAUGGACAAUGAAGUGGCAAAUAAAUUUUUAAAAAAAUGUUUCUAUAGCUCGUUAUUUACCAUGUACAGCUGAUAAAUGUGUUUCCGUGUCUGAUCUCA